AUGAAUCGUUCCAUCUCGAGUCGCCCGGAACCUCCGGAAGGCCCUCGUAUCGGCCCCGACCUCGACCUGGCCCCGACUCUGCCCUGCCCCCUGCUGUACCCCUAUUCCUUCAUGUAUUUAGUUCAGAGUCCCCACGCACUCCCAUAUGCCUCUGAGUGGAUUCCCACCGCAUUCGGACCCAUUAGCCUUGGCUGGGGCUCGGAGCCUGGGACUAGGGCUCAGAGCCUGGGACGCAGCUCGGGAUCUGGAGAUAUUAUGUUCCGAAGCUCGCGGAGUCACUUCAUCCGAUCUUCUGAACAGCUACUGCCAGGCUAUUUUAUCCUCCACAUAAGCUACAAUCUUAUUUGGACAAACCACAAUCUGGUUACUCUACCCCACUCCAUUAGCCUAGUAGCCAUUACGAACAACAUCGACCAGUGUGCUUCUAGGAAGCAAGGAUUGUAA